ACCAAAAGCUCACCAAGACACAGAUUUUCUCCAACGCACAAAAGCAAAUCAAGCAAAGCACAGGAGGAAUCCUUCACCUCUGCUUCUCGCUGCUGUUAUCUUCAGACACUCCGACGUCACCGCUUUGUUAUUCUCUCUCCGUUCUCGCUCAUCUGUCUCGUCUCUUCUAUCUAUGUCGUUAUUGUACUCAUGAACAUCCCUCUCUCUUGACAAAAUCUCACUUCCCAAAUCGCCUCCUCGCCAUGCUCUCUCGAAAAUUCUCUGCCUCGCCGUCGUCCGCGGUUGUUUCUGAUCCAUAUCCAUCUUCUCUUUCUCCAAAUCAGUCUCAUCCCUCUCACAAAAGCCACCAUCUUUUGCCUCCGCUUGUUGCUUCCGCUGCCUCUGUAUGCUCCAUCUUCUUUCUCUUUUUCCUCUGUUUUCGUAGACUUGCGAGAAAACGCACCGCCCCUUCUUCUGAUUCUGAGUCUAAGCCUCCGUAUCGUUUCUCGUAUUCCCUCCUCCGCCGUGCCACGUCAUCCUUUUCCACCCGCCUCGGCCAAGGCGGCUUCGGCCCCGUCUACUCCGGCACUCUGCCUCCUACUCGACAACCCGUCGCCGUCAAGCUCAUGGACUCUGCCUCUCUUCAGGGCGAGCGCGAGUUUCACAACGAGCUCUUCUUCGCCUCCAGGCUUCACUCUCAGCACGUAGUCUCUGCCAUCGGCUUUUGCUCUGACAGGAAUCGCCGGAGGUUCUUGCUCGUCUACGAGUUGAUGCACAAUGGGAAUCUCCAGGACGCGCUCUUGCACCGCAAGUGCCCUGAGCUGUUGGAUUGGAAGAAGCGGUUUUCCGUCAUCGUCGACAUAGCCAAAGGGAUUCAGUACCUUCACUCUUGCGACCCUCCCGUGAUUCACGGCGAUAUCAAGCCAAGUAAUAUUCUAUUAGACCGUUCUAUAUCGGCGAAAAUUGGGGAUUUCGGCCUUGCACGAUUGAAAUCGGAACCCCAGAUUGAAAUUGGGAUUCUGAACUUGGACGGUGUUGAAAAGAAGAGUGGUGGAUUGGACUUGGAAGACGAGAAGAAGGCAAAGGAAGAAGAGUUAGAGAGUAAUGGCGGGUCAUUGGUCGAAGAAACACAGAGCGUGAAUACCGUUGAUGAAGGUAGCUUAGGCGCGGAGCAAUCCCCCGAGGGUUUUGUCACGAUACCCAUAUCGGAGCCAUCGCCGGGGCCGUUGGAGGCGGCGGCGGCGAUGGCAGCGUCACCGUCGGAGGCGAAUUUCGAAAAAGUUAGCUUUCAGAGUGAGAAAAACAUUUCCUUGAGUUCUAAGAAAAACGGGAAAGUCUUAAAGAGCAAUUCCAUGAAGGAUUGGUGGUGGAAACAAGAUAUCGAAUCAGCAGCAGCAUCCUCCAUGGCUGAGAGUAAGAAAGUGAAGGAUUAUGUAAUGGAUUGGCUUGGAAAAGAAAUAAACAAAGAAAGACCCAAGGGCGAAUGGGUAGCAUCAGCAGCAGAAACAGCUACCUCAAGUAGCGGGGCAACAAUGGGAAAACCAGAGAAAAAGAAGAGCAAGAGGCGCUUGGAAUGGUGGAGAUCAAUGGAGGAGGAAACCAUUAAUCCUAAAGCUUUAAAGAAGGAGAAGAGAAGACCGGCGAGAGAAUGGUGGAAGGAAGAGUACUGUGAAGAGCUCGCCAAGAAGAAGAAGAAAAAGAAGAAACAGCAGCAAAAGAGAAGUGGAAUAAACAGUGACGAUGAUUGGUGGGCAAGAGACGACGAAGACAUAUUUGGUGAAAGAAAGAAGGCCAAAACCCGUAAAAACAGUCUUGGUAGUAUAGAUUGGUGGUUAGAUGGAUUUAGUGGUGACCUAUUCAGAGCUCGCAGAAACAGCCAUGAUUCUGCAGCAAGCUGGGAAAUUCCCAAGAGCGGUGGUGUUAGUAGCACACCAAGCAUGAGAGGAACAGUUUGUUAUGUUGCUCCUGAAUAUGGUUACGGUGAAGAUUUAUCAGAGAAGUGUGAUGUAUAUAGUUUUGGGGUUCUAUUACUUGUUAUAGUUUCUGGACGACGUCCACUUCAGGUUACUGGUUCACCAUUAUCAGAGUUUCAUAAAGCAAAUCUACUGUCAUGGGCACGCCUUUGUGCACGCAGUGGGAAGCUGCUCGAUCUGGUUGAUCAGUCUAUUAAGUCAUUAGAUAAAGAUCAAGCUCUUCUCUGCAUCACAAUUGCUCUUCUUUGUCUGCUCAAGACACCUUCUCGUCGUCCUUCAAUGAAAGAGGUUGUGGGAAUGCUUAGUGGUGAACUGGAUCCACCACAAUUGCCGGUUGAGUAUUCACCGUCGACGCCAUCUCGCUUCCGAAGCAAGUCACGGAAAAAGGGUCCGUGAGUUUCUUCUUUAGCAUUCUCCUUUCUGGUAUAGAUCUUGAUCUUAGCUUGCAAUUGACAGAUAUAUUUGUGUAAAAAUGAGGAAUUUAGGGGUGAAUGAAAGGCUAUAUUCUCACUA